GUUGCCCCACCCCACCAAGUCAAACGUCCCCAGCCUCCUAAAAUUUCCCCUUUCCCCAACUAACACGACACCCCCCUUCCCUUCCUCCGAUCCCCCCGCCUCCCCCAAAAUCCGACGCGUAAUCGCCGCCAUGGCCGCCGCCGGCAAGCUCCUCCUCCUGGCCGCCGCCAUCCUGGCGGCUUCCUUCGUCGCCGACGCGCGCCCGUGCGGCCACGCGCAGACGCUCCUCGUCUCCUUCUCCUCCGUCCUCAGGCCGAACCCGGACCCCACCAACCCGACGCCGCUCACCACCACAGUCGUCACCGUCCUCCGCGUCCGGCGCCUCGGCCCGCACCAGAUCCGCCGCCCCGUGGCGCUCCCCUCCGUCGAGUCGGAGGUCGCCGCCUCGUCCGCCCAGGACCGCGCCAAGGACAUCCUCGUCGUCGUCUCCGGCCUCCUCUUCGGCUUCGGCUGCGGCGCCCUCACCGCGGCGUCCAUGUACCUCGUGUGGUCGCUCCUCGCCUCCACCUGCGCCUCUGGAUACGACGACGACGUCUACAGCGACGACGAGGACCGGCUGUCCGACUCCGAGAGCCCCAAGAAUGCCGGCUACGUCAUCAUCCACGACGCUGACGAGUACGGCGCCGGUAAGAACUAGGGCUGGGGAUCCGUCUUCGGUCUCGCCGGGGGUCAGCAGAAGGAUUUUCGUAAUAACAUUUGCAUGAUUGCUUGGAAAUGUGCAGUAUACUCUAUGCACCUUUUUAAUCAUGUGUGUCGCGUCUGUCGGUAUGUAUGUCGUCUGGGGGAAAGGAAAUUUAAAUUAUAUGAAAUGAAUAUGCUGUUGAUGUGUCAAAUUCAAAUGGUACUUGCGCUGCUACCGCAAAACAUGGAUCUUAUUGGCUGCCACGAUAUACAAAAAACAAAAUCAUGGUGUU